GAUCUGGAUACUGGAGAGGGGUUGAGUAGGUCAAUGAGCCAUGUGUGUCCCCUGGGAUGUCAGCCAGGUCCAGCUCCUGGACAGUCUCCUAGGGCUGGGGGCACUCGGAGUGACAAUUCGAACAGUCUUCUCGACAGCUGGCCUAGCCCUGCUGCUCCUGCUGCUGUUCAGCUUCCUUGCUUUUGACCUGCUUCAUGGGCCCUCAGGUCCCACGCCGCUACAACAUAGACUUCUCCUGAUGGGUCAGAGCCAUGGGGCUGGUGAAGGUCCAGGACAGCGGGCAGCUCCCCUGUUCCCAACAGGGCUAGUCUCAGGACUACUCAGUCUCCAGGAUGCACUGCUCCUGCUGUUCUUGGGCCUUGGCCUGUUCUUGGGAGGCUCUGGUAUACCCUUAACCCUGCUGGGCCUAACUUUCUGCCUCCAUCCUUGGGACUAAGGGCCCUCUGAAAACUGAAUGCCUUCUAAAAAUACACCAGCCAUUCUGCU